GAGACAACUCGGCAGCAUCGCUCAUCGUACACCAUCGUCACCUUCUCCACACGGUACGGUCAUACAGUUGGUAGAAACAGGUGUCUUAAAACUGUUGUUUUCUUGGUGUUAUUAUCAUUAUCAAUAUUAUUCUACUUAGAUUAGCCGGAGAAACCGGCGCUGUUACAACUCUUUUCUGUUAGAUCCAAUACACUUCUUCCCCUCUUCCCCCUUUUUUUUAGAAGUAUUUAGAUAGGAUGAGCUCAGCCAUUCGCUUCUCGGGGUCUCGGUCGCAGAGCUCGCAUUCCACCACGGCCACCACUAGCCGCCACGACGCCGCCGUGCCUGGAAGAGCUCCGCCAGCAUUUCAACACCACCGAGCACACAUGGCGGAGGCGGCGGAGGGGAGUGAAGGUUUUCAAGAGCUUCCUUCGUCCAUUCCCUCUGCCCCUUCCCCUCCGCCAAGUCAGGGCACCAAGACGACCACCACCAGCAGCAGCGGUGGCACAAGUAAGAGCCGGAGUGACAGCCACAGCCAGAGCCGGCGUUCUGUCUCGCAGCCGACGCCGGAAGCAGGCGCGGCGAACUACCCAUGGAGCUACCCGUUUCCUCCGCCAUUCCCCUACGCCGCACCCACCGCAGCAGCAGCAGCCGUAGCGCAGCACACAUCCGAGCGUGACGAGAGUUACGCAGGGAGGAAGGAUAAAAGGCAACGCUCGGCUCCACGACGCCGUAGCACAGAUCCUCCUCCUCCUUGCAGUCGCCAAGGGACCUUUCCCUUUUCCCUGCCCAACAUUCCUUGGAUCCCGCCUCCGCCCAUCCAUGGCCUUCCCGCUCUGUACGUUGCUGACGUGAACGAUGGCUACGCGCCAACCUACCCAUACGCACAUCUCACAGCUCAUCCGCAGCACCAGCAGCGAUUCAAUCAGGAUCUGCCCAACGCCAUCAAGAAGACAACGACAGCGGCAGCGGCACGCGCCUCGUCUCCCUCGCUUGGUUUGCCCUGGCCCGCACCGGAGCAGCUCCCUCUGCCCUCCACCUUCCCCAUGCCACCGCGUACAUUGCCUCCACAACCUACUGCAGAUUUGCCGCCAUCCCAACACCCGGGCAGUCACCACAACCUCGAUCUUUUCCCUCCACCUCCGCUUCCUCCGUGGUGGUUUUUACAGGCGAUGGGGCUGCCAAGCUUUCCACCUUUCAAUAAGCCACGCAGCUCAUCGGGCAGCCGUGACAGUGAGAGCGACAGCGACAGCGGAGAUAGUGACAGGGAGUCAUCUUCCAGCACGUCUUCGUAUUCGCCUCCGCGGCGAGAAUGGGCCGCACCGCACACCCCGCCACAUCGACAUCAGCAGCAGCCGAAAAGGUUUGCCGCCCCGGUCGGGUCGGUAGAGACGCCCACGCCGAUCCCGCGCGGAGGCACCGGCGGCAGCCGCGGCAACAACAGUACAGGUAAUCGCACCAACUCGUCGACCCAGACGACUGCAGACUCCACUGCAGCCUCUGCGACGUCUGCUGCGGCCCAACGCGGCAAACAGGUAAAACACGCACAAACUGGUCCGUUGCACACCACGGUAUCACCGCCGGUGCGACCGGUGCGUCGCCGCGCGCUGCCCUCCAGCGAGCGCACGGAGUCUCUCCACGAAGAGCAUCGACCGCGGCACGAAAUCCACUCUGCAAACGCAGUGCCCUUCAGCCGACAACGACAUGCCGCACCGCCCGAUUCAGCAGUUCAAAUCUACACCGAUGCAAACAAAGUAGUAGCGGCAGGAGAAGACGGAGGAGCAGAGGUGACGGAGGAAGAAGACCGUCGCGUGCAACGUGUGCUGUCGACGGCGGAGGCCUAUUUGGCCCGCAUAGAAGAUCUCUAUCACCGCCUGCGGCAUCGCUACGAAGAGGUACUGCUGUCCCCCGUAAAAGGUGACGAAGAACUGACAGGCAGCGGGCCACCGCGGAAGCACCCGGCCACACCAGAGUGUCGGUCUGAAGAUGAUGACGGCGGCAACCUAGGCUAUCCACAGCCGCGGCGCAUACCACCGUCCGAGCAACGCUACGCCGCUGCCCCAACACGACCGCCAUCACAAGCAGCGUCGCCGGCGUCGCCCACCUCCGCACCUCUGUCUCUGCGGCACGAGCUGGCGAGGCUAGAAUCACAGUGGCAGCGCUUGGAGGAGCUGAAGCGGCGCGGCAUCGGCGCCGGUGCCGGAGCGCCAUUCGUUCCAUCGAGUUCCCUUCAGCCGAGCUUUUCAUCCGCUCUCUCGACGACAGCGCCGGCACCGGCGCUGAGCGCUUCGUCGCGGCAGCCCGCGCGCGGCGACACCGUGCUCAGCAAUCAGAGCGUCAUGGAACUGAUUAACGAUCGCAAGCAUUUGCUGACUUCUGCGGCGUAA